CAUAAUAAAAGUUCAGUUCGUAAGCGGUCGUGUCAGCGGAAAGUCGGUCAGUGCUGCGCGGACAUUUUAUUCAUCGAAUGGAAAACUUCUAAGAAAAGUUUUCGGAACUUCUCAAACGCGAAAGUUUCAUCUUGCUUUUCCCCAUUCCGAAUAGUACCUAUGUAUUAAAGGUGUAGUACAGAAGCACCUACUUCUACCUCAACGUGUGUCGGCUGGAAUAAAAACAUAUUAAUUGUCGAUCGGUGUGCGUGGCAGCAACCUGUUAAUAAACACCACAUUUUUACUGUUAAGUGUUUAGUUCGGUUUUUCCUUUUUAUACGGAAUGUACAAGAUGUAUUAAUUGUUGUGAUCGAUAGAUGAGGUUGUAAUUGUGCUUGUUGGUGACAUGAGUUUACUCGAAGGUAACCCCUUCUCGUUAAGGGCCUUCUUACUGUUUUGCAGUUGUUGGAUUUUUUAUGCGUUAGCGGACACUCGAGGAUUAGCAGGCGAUCCCAUGGGGGUUGUAUGCGGUCCGAACAUGUUCAAAUGUCCAGAGGGAAAGUGCAUUCCGUCCCUCUGGGUGUGCAAUUACCAGGCGGAUUGCGAGAAGGGAGAGGAUGAAUUUCAGGCAUGCCCACCCCCUGAAUGUGAUCAAGGCCAACUUACCUGUGGACAGUAUGUUUUUAACAAAACGUAUUGCAUUCCUUCCCAUUAUCACUGUGAUAUGACUGUAGACUGUGUAGAUGGUACUGAUGAAGCUGAGUGUACAUAUCGUAAAUGUCAAGCGGACGAUUUUCACUGCAAUGACACAAACAAUAGCGGCCCUCGGACUGCAGAUCCUUGUGUGCCGAAGGAGAAGCGCUGUGACGGUUACUUGGAUUGUCGCUCUGGAAGAGAUGAACAGGGAUGUCCUGGAGGUGGUAUCGCAUGCAGACUCGAUCAGUUCCGAUGCGCAAACAACAAACGCUGUAUCGACAUGAGUAAAAAGUGUGAUCAUAGGGACGACUGUGGAGAUAACUCAGACGAACAGGGAUGCAAUUUCCCAUCAUGCCAUGGGGGUCAAUUCCGUUGUGCUAAUCAGCUCUGCAUUCCCGCUUCUUAUCAUUGCGAUGGUCAUUUUGACUGUACCGAUAACUCAGACGAACAAAACUGUACAGCUAUUGCUUGCCCCGACAACCGAUUUCUUUGCCCAAGGGGAACCCCCGAUGGAAAACCGAAAUGUAUUGCCAAAUCGCAAUUGUGUGAUGGUAAACGCGACUGCGCAGAUGGAGCAGACGAAGAAUCUGCUUGUUCUAAACUGUCAUGUCCAUCUCUCGAUUGCGAAUACAAAUGUCAGGCGUCGUUAACAGGAGGUGCAUGUUACUGUCCGGAGGGUAGAAAAUUGGCGUCAGACAAUCGCACCUGUGUCGAUCGAGAUGAAUGUGCGGAAUGGGGCUACUGUGAUCAAAUCUGUUCCAACACCGAUGGCAGUUACGUUUGCUCGUGUGCGUCCGGAUACGUCUUUAAAAAUAAGCAAAGAUGCACGGCUGUGGAUACCGAGGCUCUCGAAAUAUAUUUCGUCCAUGAAAAGAACGUUUUCAAAAUGAAUAAGACUGGAGAAGAACUUAAAGCUGUUGCUAAUACGACAGGUGCUAGCGGACUUGAUUAUCACUAUAAGAAGAAUUUGUUGUAUUGGACUGAUAUCAAAACUAGAAAGAUUCAUUCCCAACAACUUAUGGGCCCAAUUAGCAAUCCGCCAAUAGUUAGAGAAGUAGAUAUUACACUCCCAGGUACCUGGUCACCAGUCGCAAUAGCAGUUGACUGGAUAGGAGACAAACUGUAUGUUGCAGACUCUGUAGGUCAAAAGAUAGACGUAUUCGAAUUAACAGGCAGAUGGCAUGCCAUCGUCCUCGGUUCGAACCUGACCAAUCCUGCGGAUAUAGCACUCGAUUGUCUAGUCGGAUACAUGUUCGUAGCAGACAGUUCGCAAGUUCUCAGAGCCAAUAUGGAUGGCACCGAUCCUCGUGCUAUAGUAUCUGAAGCGGCAUACAAAGCUUCAGGAGUGGCUUUAGAUCUAAUAGCGAAACGUGUUUAUUGGUGCGAUUCACUGUUAGACUACAUUGAGACUGUUGACUACGAUGGACAAAACAGAUUCUUGGUUGUACGAGGACAAUCUGUGCCAAAUCCAUCUAGGUUGGCUUUGUUCGAAACUAGAGUGUAUUGGACUGAUGGAACCAAACAAGGAGUUAUGUCAGUGGACAAAUAUGACAAAGAUAACAGAAGUAUCUUGUCCAUUUACAGAACGAGAACAAUCAGAGAUCCCAAAGCAAUCAAAACCAUACACAGACUAAACCAACCCGCAAUUAGUAACCCUUGCGGAACAAAUAACGGAGGGUGCCAAAGUAUGUGUAUCAUAACGCAUACACCAUCAGGUUUAGGUUAUCGGUGCGCUUGUAACAUUGGUUGGAAGUUGAGGUCUGAUGAAUACAGCUGUGAUAUUGUGUCUGAAUUUCUACUCUAUUCCCAGCAAAGGUUUAUCAAGGGAAAGGUGCUGGAACCCGUGGUAGGGGGUUUUAGUGAUUCAAUGUUACCCGUUGUAUCACGUAGAGCAAGAUUUGUGGGAUUAGAUUUCGACGCAAGAGACGAGCACAUUUACUACUCCGACGUUUUACAAGACGUUAUUUACAGAGUUCAUAGAAACGGAACAGCUCGCGAAAUUGUUUUAGCUUCACAGAAUGAAGGCGUUGAAGGAUUGGCAGUUGAUUGGAUGUCAAAGAAUUUAUAUUACAUCGACAGCCGUAAAGGUACACUUAACGUCUUGUCAACUAGAAACGUAACUUAUAGAAGAACUCUAUUGAAGAAUCUGAAAAGGCCAAGAGCUAUUGUCGUCCAUCCUAACAAAGGUUAUAUAUUUUUCUCGGAGUGGGACAGGCCAGCCAACAUUUCUAGGGCACACAGCGACGGUACAAAUUUAAUAGUUUUUAAGAAUGUUACGCUUGGUUGGCCGAAUGGAUUGGCUAUCGAUUUUGAUACUGAUCGACUGUAUUGGUGCGACGCGUUACUCGAUCACGUCCAACAUUCGAAAUUGGAUGGAAGUGACAUUAAAACGGUUAACUCGAGACUUAUAAGACAUCCCUUCAGUAUUGUUAUAUUCAGAAAUUACAUGUACAUCACCGAUUGGAGACUGGACGCUAUAAUCAAACUUAACAAACUGACAGGGCAAGAAGAAGAAACGUUAGUUAAAGAACCUCAAACUAAUCGACUAUAUGGUGUAAAGAUAUACAGCGAUCUAGAACAACGUGUAGAUACGUUCCAUCCAUGUUGGAACAAUAACGGGGGCUGCAACAAAUUGUGCUUUGCGGUUCCAAGGAACGAUUCGAAUGGAUUAAUGUCCAGAUGUGGAUGUCCUUAUGGGGAGCGUUUGAUGGCAGAUGAGAGGACCUGUCAGCCUGAUCCAAACCAUGAACCACCGGUGCAGGCCUGUCCUAAUCCUUGGGACUUCACAUGCAACAAUCAGAGAUGUAUUCCAAAAUCAUGGGUUUGUGAUGGUGAUGAUGAUUGUUUGGAUAAUAGCGACGAAGAACAGAACUGCACCAAGCCUACUUGCGCUGCUAACGAAUUCCAAUGCAAAUCAGGUCGUUGUAUUCCAAUUAUAUUUAAAUGUGAUGCCGAAAACGAUUGUGGCGACUUUAGUGACGAAACGGGCUGUGUUAAUGUCACUUGUGGCUCAGUACAGUUCCAAUGUGAGAACGGCAGGUGUAUUCCAAACACUUGGAAAUGCGACUCCGAAAACGAUUGCGGCGACGGAUCUGACGAAGGGGAUCAUUGUGCGGAGAAAACGUGUGCAUACCAUCAGUUUACUUGUCCAAGAACUGGUCAUUGUAUACCACAAAGUUGGGUCUGUGACGGCGAUGACGAUUGCUUCGAUAAACAAGACGAAGAAGACUGCCCACCUGUUACCUGUCUACCGUCCCAGUUUAAAUGUGCCGAUUUACGACAGUGUGUACAAGAAAGUUAUAAAUGCGACGGUAUUCCUGACUGCAACGAUGGAAGUGACGAAUUCGGUUGUCCAUCAAUUGCUCCUAACCAGUGCAACAACGAGAAACAGUUUCAAUGUCAGUCUUCUGGAAUCUGUAUACCAAGAUCAUGGCAUUGUGAUGGAACACCGGAUUGUGAUGACAGGUCUGACGAACCUGAAUCAUGCGGUCAGAUCGAUUGCGCUCCCAACUUUUACAAAUGUGAUAAUUCAAAAUGCGUCUUUAAGACGUAUAUAUGCGAUGGUAAAGAUAACUGCGGAGAUGGGUCCGAUGAAAGUUCAAAGCACGCUUGCAAGAAACCACCAUUUAGAUGUCCCGACGGUCAAUGGCCUUGCCCAGGCGUCACUGAACGUUGCGUCAAUCUUACUAAUGUUUGUGAUAGUAAACCUGAUUGUCCAAAUGGUGCAGAUGAAGGCCCAGGGUGCGAUUUAGCACAAUGUUUACAUCAGGGCGGUUUGUGCUCUAAUGGAUGUAAGCAGACUCCCGUGGGUGCCAUUUGUACUUGUCCAAAAGGUGAGGUAUUAGGAAAUGACAGUUUCACAUGUGAAGACCUUAACGAAUGCGACCCGCCUGGAGUAUGCUCUCAAACUUGCGUUAACACUAAAGGUUCCUAUUUCUGCGAAUGUGUUCCUGGUUACUUAUUAGAAAGAGACAAGCAUUCUUGCAAAGCUAUAAAUCAUAGUGCUGCGUUCCUAAUUAUUUCGAACCGUCAUUCCAUCUUGGUGGCCGACUUGAAUGAGCAGGGUUUAGAACGAGUUCCUAUUAUAGUUGAAAAUGUGGUAGCCACAGCUUCAGAUAUGCACACUGGCACCAUUUAUUGGUCGGACAUGAAGUUAAAGAAGAUUUCAAAACUGGACAGGAGCAGUCAGCCCAAAGAUGUCAUAUCAACAGGACUGGAUCUCGUUGAAGGAUUGGCAUUUGACUGGAUUGGUAAAAAUAUAUACUGGCUGGAUUCCAAGCUAAAUACGAUUGAAGUUGCUAGAGAAAAUGGAUCUAACAGGAUAGUGCUUUUAAAAGAAAAUAUCACGCAGCCUAGAGGAAUGUGUUUAGAUCCUAGCCCUGGUGCCCGCUGGCUGUUUUGGACCGACUGGGGAGAAAAUCCUCGAAUUGAAAGGGUUGGAAUGGACGGCACAAAUCGGUCAAUUAUCAUCAAUUCGAAAAUAUAUUGGCCAAAUGGUUUGACAUUAGAUACCGCUAACAAAAGAGUAUAUUUUGCCGAUUCAAAGCUAGAUUAUAUCGACUUCUGUAAUUACGAUGGUACUGGACGGCAACAAGUCUUGGCAGGAAGUCACUACUUGCUUCAUCCACAUUCUCUUACUCUCUUUGAAGAUACAUUAUACUGGACAGAUAGACAGUUAAACAGGGUUCUUUCUGCCCACAAAUUCAAAGGUGAUAACCAGUCUGUUGUUUCACACUUAAUUUCUCAACCACUGAGCAUUCACGUCCAUCAUCCGUCACUGCAACCCAUUUCUGAUAAUCCGUGUGAGAAACAACCUUGUCAACAACUAUGUUUAUUAUCUCCUUCUUCAUCUUCCGGAUAUUCCUGCAAGUGCAAACCAGGGUAUAGAAUCAAUGGUGGAAAUUGUGUCGAAGAAGAAACUGCUUUCCUCAUGCUUAUGCGAGGAUCACAAAUUAUCGACAUUUCGCUGACACCAAAUGACAAAACUUCAGGAUUUCUUACGCCAAUUGUUGGUGUUGAUAAUGGUUUACAAAUUGAUUACGAUCGGAAAACUGAUACCAUAUUUUGGAUUGAAGGAAAGGAAGAUAGCGAUGAAAAUUGUACAAUUUGGACAAUUCCUUAUGGUGGAGGAAACAAAACUCAAUUUCUUGGUCAAGAUUCAGGUAUUGUUGGUUCACCAGCUGUCAUUGCUUUCGAUUGGGUCGGAAGAAAUCUUUUUAUUGGUAAUCGUUUGGCAAGUAAUCUUGAGGUAGUAAAAGUUGACGGCAAAGUUAAGCAUCGCUCUGUAAUCCUCGCCAAUGACGGUAACGCUACAUCCGUUGCGAAACCAAGAUCAAUGUGUUUGGAUCCAUUGGAAGGAAAAAUUUAUUGGACAGAUGAAGGAGGAUUUGGUGUACCACAAAAAAUUGGUAAAGUCAACAUGGAUGGUACAAAAUCUGUAGUUCUCUUAAAUAAUGUAGAAAGGCCCGAAGCAAUCACAAUAGACUUGGAAAAUAAAAUUCUUUACUUCAGUACACAAUAUCCCCCCGAAGUCAUAUCAAUCGAUGUAAACGGAAAUAAUCGUAAAAGUAUCUUAAGUGAAGAAGAUGGAAUAUCAAAACCUAAAGCAUUAGCCGUCUUAGACAAAAGAUUAUUCUGUCUGGAUCCCAUUUAUGAAAAAUUGUUUAGAGUAGAUUUGCCAACUGGAAGUCAUGCAAGAAAUAUAAUUGAAAAUGAACCUGAUCUAAAAACAUUUACCGUUUUUAAAAAGAGACAGUUAAUCGCUCAUCCUUGUUCAGCUAAUAAUGGAGGCUGUGAACAGAUAUGUUUGCCAAGCGAUGGUAAAACUCGUACUUGUGCUUGUAGCAUUGGAUACAAAAAGGAAAGCGAGACAAGUUGCACACCAUACAGCACGUUUGCAGUGGUUUCUCAGCUAGACAUGACACGCGGUUACAGCUUAAAGGAUAGCGCAGAAGCAAUGGUACCAAUAACAGGCCCUGGUCAUCACAUCUUACACGUUGACGUUCAUUAUCAUGACAACUGGAUUUACUGGGUUGAAUUCAAUCGCGGCCCUUGGAACGGCAUAUUUAGAAUCAGACCUAAUGGCUCAGAAAUACAACCAAUUAUAAAAGAAGGCAUAGGAAGUAACGGAAUCCGUGGUAUUGCUAUCGACUGGGUUGCUGGCAAUCUCUACUUUACAAACGUCUUUCCCCACGAAAAUUAUCUGGAGGUAUGUUGGUUAAACGGCAAAAACCGUAAAGUGUUAGUUAAAACAACUGCGGAUGCUCCCAGAGAACUUGCAGUAAAUCCUGUAAAGCGUCUGUUAUACUGGAUCGACUAUGGUCAGUAUCCGAGAAUAGGAAAAUCUUUCCUCGACGGUUCCAAUUGGAUUCCUCUUGUUACAUCCGGAAUUAGUAACCCCAGAGAUUUAACAGUAGACAUGAUAACCAACGACGUCUACUGGGUCGAUUCAAAAUUGGAUACAAUUCAAAAAAUUUCUUUCAAUGGUGGCAAUCGUCAAAUCAUUCGGCGGAACUUGCCUAAUCCAAUGGGUAUCGCAAUUCAUAAAAUGGAGGUCUACUGGGUAGACAGAAACUUGCAAACCAUCUUCAAAGCAUCAAAAUUCAUUGGAAAUACAAGUUUACCCACUCGUGUCCGAAACAAUUUACCGAAACUUCGUGACAUUGCAAUUUUCGCCAUUGAAAAUCAAACUCCAGAUGAUAACAAUCCUUGCUACAAACUUGGAAACGGCGGUUGUGAGCAACUUUGUUUUGCACUACCUGCCGAUGCGCCAUCUGGAAAUAAUUUAGGAUAUAAAUGCGACUGUGCAACAGGUCAAUUGGCAGCAGAUGGUCGUAAAUGCGAAUUUGUUAACGAAUAUCUCGUCUUUACCACAAGAACCGAAGUAAGGGCAAUAAGUCUGGACGCUUCUGUUACAUCAAUACCAUUCAACCCAAUUACAAAUCUGACUAAUGUAGUUGGAAUCGAUUUCGAUUAUAAAGAUCAACGACUUCUGUUCACGCAAAUCAGACCAUGGGCAAGGAUUGCUUCGAUGUCAUCAAACAAUCCGACGUCCACUGACGUCCAUAAUAUUAUUAAUAAAGGAAUAAAUCCUGAAGGGAUAGCAUAUGAUUGGACACAAAAGAAAAUCUACUGGACCGAUUCGUCGAACCACAGCAUAUAUGCGAUGAAUAUGGAUGGAACCGAUUUAGUGAUGAUUGCUAGAGUUGAGAGACCACGUGCAAUUGUAAUUGAUCCUUGUAAUGGUACUUUGUUCUAUACCGACUGGGGGAAAUUCGGAACUUCUGGAAAGAUUUUCAGAACUACAAUGGCCGGUUCUUUGAAAAAAGUUAUUAUAGACAAAAACUUAGCGCAACCCUCAGGAUUAGCCAUCGAUUAUGAUGACCAAAUGUUGUAUUGGACAGAUGCUGUAAGAGAGAAAAUUGAACGAUCCGAUUUAAAUGGGCAAAACCGAGAAGUUUUAAUAGCUGCAACAAUUUAUCCAUUCUCCAUUACCGUCUUUGGAAGGCAUAUUUACUGGACCGAUUUACAAUUGAGGGGAGUAUACAGAGCGGAAAAAUACACUGGAGCAAAUAUGGUAGAAAUGGUUAAGAGACUUGAAGAUAGUCCAAGAGAUAUCCAAGUGUUUUCAGCUUCAAGACAAAAAUGUCAGGUCAACGCAUGUCAUAUAAAUAAUGGUGGAUGCGCCCAAAGUUGUCACCCCGCCCCGAAUGGUACCGCAGAGUGCAAAUGUGACGAUAGUUAUAAAAUUGUGAACGAAGGAAGAAUGUGCGUGGCCAAGAAUUUAAGUUGUGAUUCAAGUAAAUUCUACUGUAGAAAUGGCAAAUGUAUUUCGAGAAUGUGGGCUUGUGACGGUGAAGACGACUGUGGUGAUAACAGUGACGAAGACAACAAUUAUUGUGCAUUCCACUCAUGUUCACCCAACGAAUUUCGCUGUGCAAACGGUCGUUGUAUAUUCAAGUCUUGGAAAUGUGACCAUGAAAACGAUUGCAAGGACGGAUCAGACGAAAGAGAUUGCCAAUAUCCUCCAUGUGCAGCAGGAGAAUUUACAUGUGCUAAUUAUCGUUGCAUUCCACAAUCACAGGUUUGUAAUGGAGUAAAUGACUGUAAGGACAACAUUACUUCGGACGAGACCCACGAGCACUGUCCUCAAAACACUACAUGUCCUGUUAAUCAUCUGAAAUGCGAGAAGACAAACAUUUGCGUUGAACCAUAUUGGCUUUGUGAUGGCGAUAAUGAUUGUGGAGAUAAUUCUGACGAAGAUCCUCUCCAUUGUGCUCAAAGAACAUGCCCACAAAACAGUUUCAGAUGUCCGAAUCAUAGAUGUAUUCCAGCGACAUGGUAUUGUGACGGAGAUGAUGAUUGUGGUGAUGGAGCCGAUGAGCCUCCAGAAUAUUGCAAAAGCGAGGGCCGUACCUGCUUUGGGGACCUCUUCACUUGCGACAAUGGAAAUUGUGUACCACGUAUUUAUAUUUGUGAUGGUGAUAACGAUUGUUUGGAUAAUAGCGACGAAGAUAAUAGACAUCAAUGCAAUAACAGAAAGUGUGACGAGGAAACAGAAUUCACAUGCGAAGCUAAUAAGGCGUGGGGUCGUGCCCAGUGUAUCCCACGAAAAUGGCUGUGCGAUGGCGAUCCAGAUUGUGUCGAUGGUGCUGACGAAAACGCCACUUUACACCAUUGUAAUACUCCUCAACCUUGCAGCGAAGAACAAUUCACUUGUGGAAACGGAAGAUGCAUUAACAAAGGUUGGCUGUGUGAUCAUGACAACGACUGUGGCGAUGGAACUGACGAAGGCAAAGAAUGUAACACUAAAUAUAAAACGUGUUCCACACAGGAAUUUACUUGUCAAAACUUCAAAUGUAUUCGCAAUCAAUAUCGUUGUGAUGGGGAGGAUGAUUGUGGCGACAGAUCAGAUGAAGUGGAUUGCAAAAAGAACAACAGUUCCUGCAGUCCAGGACAAUUCACUUGCAAUAGCGGACAAUGUAUUGACUAUCAACUUGUAUGUAAUAAAGUACCUGAUUGUAAUGACCAAUCUGACGAACCCUUACAUUGUAAUGUGGAUGAGUGUACUAAAGUGGAAAUCCAUCAAUGUGGGCAUAAAUGUGUGGAUACUUUGACUGGAUACUACUGCGAAUGUAACCAAGGCUAUAAAUUGUUAGAAGAUGGAAAGGCUUGUAUUGAUAUUGACGAAUGUAUAGAGACUCCUGAGGUCUGUUCCCAGUAUUGUUCGAAUACUCCGGGAAGUUACUACUGUAAAUGUAACGAACAAUUUUAUGAACGGGAAACCGACGAACACACAUGCAAAAGAAAGGACAAAAUCCAACCAUGGCUCGUAUUUACCAACAAAUAUUACAUUCGAAAUAUGUCGAUCGACGCAUCCAUGUACAGUUUAGUUCACCAAGACCUAAUGAACGUCGUUGCAUUAGAUUAUGACAUUAUUAGUCAGAAAAUGUAUUUCUGUGACGUAACGGCCAAGACGAUAUUCAGGUCGACAAUUGGAGGUAAUGGAGAAAAGGAACCUGUAAUUCGACACGAUUCACACGGACUAGAAGGCAUUUCAAUCGAUUGGAUCGCGCGCAAAUUAUAUUGGUUGGAUAGGCAUUCGAAGAACUUGGACGUGGCAGAACUGGACGGUACCAACAGAAAAACUUUGAAAACUGGCAUUGCCGAUCCAAGAGCUUUAGUAGUCCAUCCUGGUAUCGGUUACAUGUUCUUUACAUCGUGGCAUUUGCAAGCGUACAUUGGUAAAAUUGGAAUGGACGGUUCUAAUUUCACAAGAAUACUGACGUGGGACGACGACAUUGCUUGGCCUAACGCAUUAACUAUCGAUUACUUUACUGAUCGACUUUACUGGGCUGAUGCUCAUUUAGAUUACAUCGCGUUCUCAGAUUUAGACGGUAAACAUCGGCAUGUAGUCCUCUCUGGAUCAUCUGUGCCUCACGUCUUUGCUUUAACACUAUUCGAUGAUUACAUUUAUUGGACUGACUGGAAUUUGAAAGCUAUUAGUCGGGCGAACAAAUACACCGGAAAAGAUUAUAAACUUCUAAGAAAUACGACCCAUAGACCUUACGAUAUCCACAUUUUCCAUCCUUUAAGACAGUUACCGUACACGAAUCCGUGUGGAGCUAAUAAUGGUGGAUGCUCCCAUCUUUGUCUCAUUGCACCACCAUACGAAUCUAGUUAUUUAAAUAUAGAAGGUUAUGGUGAAGAAGGUGCAACGACAUACAAGUGUGCAUGUCCAAAUCAAUUUUAUUUGGCUCAAGAUAGUAAAACUUGUAUUGCCAAUUGUACCGCUGGACAGUGGAGGUGCGGAGGGAAAGACGAGAAGUGUAUUCCUUGGUUUUGGAAAUGUGACGGCGAAAAAGACUGUAAAGACGGAUCUGAUGAACCUGCUACAUGUCCACAAAGACAGUGUAGGGCCGGAACAUUCCAAUGUAAGAAUGGAAACUGUACUCCAACGGCAACAAUCUGUGAUGGAAUUGACAAUUGCGGAGACGGUUCAGAUGAGCAAAACUGUAAUAUGCCGUGCCCUGAAUUGGAAUUCAAAUGUCGCUCGAACGGUCGUUGUAUAUUAGACAGUUGGAAAUGUGACGGUGAUGCUGAUUGUAAAGAUGGAUCAGAUGAAGACCCUGCAAUUUGCCAUAAUAGAGCUUGCGAUCCAGAAACCGAAUUUUCAUGUAAAAACGGUCGGUGCAUUCCAAAGUUGUGGAUGUGUGAUUAUGAUAACGAUUGUGGUGAUGACUCUGACGAACCGGCUUACAUGUGCAGACAGAAAAAUUGUACGACCGGUUGGCAAAGAUGUCCCGGUCGUGCAAAUUAUAGAUGCAUCCCCAAAUGGCUUUUCUGUGACGGUAAAGACGACUGCCGAGACGGAUCCGACGAACUGCCAGAAAAUUGUCCGAAAUGUAAUCCGGAUACUGAUUUCAAAUGUAGCAAUAAUCGCUGUAUUCCUAAACAGUGGAAAUGUGACUUCUCCGACGACUGUGGCGAUGGAUCUGAUGAGCUUGACAACAUGUGCAAAGGAAACUACAGAGAGUGUUCAGAAUCCGAGUUUAGGUGCAAAAACGGCAAAUGCAUAUCGCAAAGAUGGAGGUGUGAUCAUGAAGACGAUUGUGGUGAUGAAUCUGACGAAUUGGGAUGCAGUGGAUUCAAAUGUAAGAAUGGAACGUUCCAAUGUACUUCUGGUCAUUGUAUUGCUGCUUACUUCCGUUGUGAUGGAGACAGGGACUGCAGAGACAUGUCAGAUGAAAUGAACUGUCCACCAAGAUAUCCCGGCGGUAGGUACUGCCCAGAAUCUCGAUUCCAAUGCAACAACCACCUAUGUAUCAGUCAAGCAGAUUUGUGCGACGGUACAGAUGAUUGUGGAGAUGGUUCAGAUGAAAGUCCCGAUCUAUGUACCAAUUUCAACUGUGAUACUUUACGAAGAUUCCAGUGCACGAAUCACAGAUGCGUCCCAAGGUAUCAACUUUGUGACGGCAUCGAUAAUUGUGGAGACGGAUCCGAUGAAAAUAACAUGACAUUGUGCGCAUCUAAAAUCAAACCGUGCAACGUUUAUACCGAAUUCCAAUGUGCAAACAAGAAAUGUAUUAACAAAACGCAAGUCUGUGAUUUUGCCGACGAUUGUGGAGAUAGUUCUGAUGAAUUAGGAUGUCAUCACACUAAUGUUUGCAAAGAUGCCACCAGAGGAGGCUGUGAACAUCAAUGUACAAACCUUACAGACGGUGGAUACAUUUGUACUUGCUUUGCUGGUUUCAUUAUUUCAAAAGAAAACCGUAAAAAAUGUAAAGAUCUAGACGAAUGCGUGAUUGGUACUCACCAUUGCUCCCAAGUUUGCACCAAUUUGAAUGGAACGUUUAGUUGUUCGUGUAAUGAAGGUUUCAAGUUAUCCGACGGUCUUUCGGGUGUCUGCAAAGCUGAAGACGAUGACGUUACAUUGCUAUUUGCUAACGGUCCAGAAAUAAGGUCGUAUAUUCUGAAAAACAAAGAAGAAAACGAUAUAAUAAGCGAAGAAAAACGAAUUGAAGCUAUUGAUUACAAUCCAGAAUCUGAGAUGAUAUUUUGGGCUGAUAGUUACGACAAGGCUAUAAAACGUUCUUACAUGGUCAAUGCCCUCAAUGGACAAGCCCAAACUGGGUACGCUCAAGACUUGAAUAUGAAAGGCAAUGCGAAGCCAACAGCUCUUGCUAUAGACUGGAUAGGGGACAACUUAUACUGGACCGAAACUGAUAGAUUCGGUUCUAAACCCAAGGGACGUGUAAUGGUUGCAAAAACUGAUGGUCGAUAUAGAAGGGCACUUGUUAGUCUUGGUUUAGAAAGUCCCACAUCUAUUGUUGUAGAUCCUCAGCUUGGAAGAAUGUUCUGGACAGAUGCUGGAUCGGCACCUAAAAUUGAAGUCUCAUGGAUGGACGGUUCAAAACGAAGGCCUCUAAUAACCGAAGAAAUAAGACACCCAGCGGGUCUAGCAAUCGACUAUGCUAUGGAACACACUCUUUAUUGGGUUGAUACAAAACUUAACACCAUUGAAACUAUGAAACAUGACGGUUCUAACAGAAAAGUAAUAAUCAGAGGAGAAAUUCUGAAACAUCCAAUAUCUUUAGAUGUCUUUGAAUCUGACUUAUUUUGGAUUACCAAAGACACCGGAGAGCUUUAUAAACAAGACAAGUUCGGUCGUGGUGUUCCUGUGCUGCUCCAAGGAGAUUUAAUAAAUCCAUCCAGUGUAAAAGUUUACCACAGUUUAAGAUACAACAAGACCAUCAGCAACUCUUGCCGAAACAAUGAGUGUUCUCACCUUUGCCUAUUGGUACCGGGAGGUCAUAGGUGUACUUGUCCAGAUUCCACGGUACCAUCUCAGAGAAGUAAAUCAGAAAUACAGUGCGACGCAGCCGUCGAAAGGCCCAGACCUGCACCCAGAGUCUGUCCUUGUAAAAACGGUGGAAUUUGCAGAGAGAGUGAUGUCGGUGACCAACUUAAGUGCGAAUGUCCAGUCGAUUUCAAGGGCGACAACUGCGAUGUAUUUGUCAGUUACACUAAAAGUGCUAUGGCAUCAAGUACCACCGCUAUUGUUGUACCAAUUGUGGUUAUACUAUUAGUCCUUGCUGCUGCCACAGGAGUUUGGUUCUUCUUAAGAAAGAAGCCAUUUGGUAAAGGAACCGGACUUGGAAGCCUAACAAGCAGCCAAAGUGUAUCGUUCAGACAAGGAAGUAACGUGGAAUUUGGUAACAAUACAUUUACAGGAACAGGAACUGGCCCAGGAGGAGUUGAACCGAUGGAUGUUGCAUACAGUUUAGAUCCCCUUGGUAACAAGACUAGGGACUUCCACAAUCCCAUGUACGACGCAGUACAAAAUAAUCCUGAUGCAGUGGGAAACGGGAGUUCAGCGCUCUACGAGGUUCCAAUCGACUUAAAUAAAUCAAAAAGUGAAACGUUCACGGAGCCUCCGAGUGCAAUAAUAGCACCAUCAAGUGUAACACACAAAUCAUCGCCCCAGAUACAGGUGCGACAUCGUGAAUUGGACCCUGCGUCUGACACAGGGAAAGAUACACAAAAACUAGUAGAAGAAGACUGCUGAUAUAUACAGAAUAAACAUUCCUUGGUAAGGUUGUACUGGUUAAUACUAACGUAUGUUAAAAGUUAGUGGUAAAAAUAAAAACAAACAGAACGCAAUAAUUCUGAAUAACAAAAACAAAUUCAAGAAAAAACGUCUAUUAUUUAUUUUAUUUUUAAUUACAAUUAACAACUCAUUACAUGAGUAACAUGAGUAACAGUUGUGUACUAUAUAAUUCAAUUUUUUUUAUUAUAAUUAUAUCUAAGUCUGUUUUAAAAAUAUUAAAAAGUAUUUUUCGUUUGAAGAAAAAGGUGCUUAAAAUGUUCCUCUUUUAAACAGAACUUCCUUUGGCAAGAAAUUCACAUGAUAUUGUAUUUUUUAUUGUUGCAUGAAAUGUUGACACGUAUUUAAAUUUUAAUCGAUCGACUUGCUAGCGAAUACAUUAUUUUUGACUAUAGUUUAUUAUCGGAAAUGAGAAAAUACUGCAGCUCUAAAUAGCGUUAAAUUAAUAAUAUUUUUGUACUGUGGUGUAGGAGUAAAAAGCGCAUGUGUGGUUUAUCAUCAUAAGAAAUGGCCAGCACUUUUCAUUACGACCGCUUAAAAACAUCUAAAGU